AUGUCAAAUGUAGAUAGGAGGUCUACUGUUUCUAAGUUUGAUAUUCUGACGAUGCUUGUUGAUGGAGACAGUGUCCUGUUCCCAAGACUCAGGUCUAGAAGAAUCAAUAGGUAUCUUUCUCCUUAUUUGGAUAAGUGUGUGGUUGCUUUUAUCGAUUAUAUCUUGGAGAUUUCCUUCUUGGGUCAUAUUGUGUCUAAGGGUGAAAUUUUAGUGGAUCCUGAGAAGAUUAAAGCGAUAACUGACUGGCCAAUUCUGAAAAAUGUAAUUGAAGUUAGGAGCUUUUUAGGAUUAGCUGGGUACUAUAGGAAAUAUUUUGAAAAUUUUUCUAAGGUUGCUCGCCCCAUGUUUGAGUUGUUGAAGAAAGGGAUAUGGUUUCAGUGGAUUGAGAGGCACAUGAUUGCUUUUGAGGAAUUAAAGAAGAAACUUACUACCGCCCAUAUUUUAGCAAUGCCUGAUUGUAGCAAGCCAUUUGAGGUCUAUUUUGAUGCUUCAUUCGAAGGUUUGGGUUGUGUAUUUAUGCGAGAAGGAAGGGUCAUAGCUUAUGCAUCGAGGCAAUUGAGGCCAAUGAGGUGA